GGAGUUCAUUGUGCCACAAGUGCAUUCCGAGCGGCGGCGAGCAGCCAAUUGCUCGUUACAAACCCGUCAGAGAUAUAUUGGACGAUUGUAUCGUCUCGCGUCUCUUGUUACCGGACAGUAAUGAGACACUGCGCGUUUAGAGGCUGGCCAUUUUGCACCAGCCGAUACGUCGAUCCGUUUCCGGCGAAAGAAUGACACGCGAGACGACACAGGCGUCACAUUCGUUCGAUCGACGCCAAAGUCUGGCCAGUUCGUUUAGCAACCCAUCCUUUUGAAAAGGCUAAUUGAACGCUCGCCUUGGUAUCUGGAUACUUUCACUGCUUGUUGAAGUCGACUUCGAUCAACCGAAAAAUUGAGAUGACCGUUUCGAGGAUCUGGCAGUUGAUAUCCUUCCUCGUUGUAUCUUUCUCCGUGGCGCUUUCGGCGGACAACGUGUGCCCGAGAAUGGAGAACUACACGAUCACCUCGAUGGAAGCGUACACGGAGCCGGUUAUCGUGAUUACGUUCACCUGGUGCUUGCAGAUUCCACCCAGGUGUCCCAAGACUCGAACGGAGAUGAGGCCACGGUAUCGAGUGAAGACGGAGUUGAAGACCAGGAUUGUAAACGAGUGUUGCGAAGGCUACAAAAUGAUGUCAUCCAAUGAUGAAGAGAGUAGUAUCGAGUGCGUUCCUUUUUGCGAAGAAUGUCUAUCAGGCGUCUGCGUGUCGCCAAAUCAAUGCCUCUGUUCCCCUGGUUAUCAGGGUGAUAAUUGUAAAUCUGUAUGUCCACGAGGCGCAUGGGGCAUCCAGUGCAAGGAGAAAUGCAACUGCACCGAGGACGUACCUUGCAAUCCCGUAAGUGGACGCUGCAUCUGUCCGCCAGGAUUGCGUGGACAAAUGUGCAACGAGUCGUGUCCUGGCGAUCAUUGGGGGCCGGGAUGCGCGUUUCCAUGCAACUGCAAGGAUUCGAGGAACGAGUGUGAUCGAGAAACGGGUCGAUGCAUCGACAAGAUUCUCGUGGAAAACACGAGCCAUCCUCGAAUCAGGGACGACGAGGGAAACAGCGUGAACGCGAACUUGACGGUGAAUUUCCAACUGGACUCGACGGAGACAUCGCGGUUUGCGGAUACCACGACGGAAGAUGGUCGCGAGACAGUCGCCACGACGGAUAAUCCUGGUAAAGCAAGUACGGGCGUCUCGAGCACGGAUCAGAGGAGAAUUAGGACGCAGACCGGCGAGGAUGGAAACUCGAGCACCGGCAAGCCUGUCAUCGUUUGGGUUUCCAUUCCGGAACGGAGAAGGAACUUGGACAAAGGCCGGGGGGAAUUCGCGGUGAAGAAUCCGUUCGCGAGGCACAUGGACGACAAUUUGCAAGACAUAGGUUCAUCCAAGAACGAUUAUGUCAAAAAUAUUCACAAAGACGUUCAAUCGACUCCAAUUCCCCUGGACAUCGCCCUGAUCGUGGUAGCCUCGAUCGUAUCGUUGGGUCUGACCUCGGUAGCGGUGGUCAUGGUUCUUCACAUGCGUUCCAAGCUUCUCGAAGCGGCCAGGAUGUCGAUCUACGAGGAAGCGAGGGCAAAGAGCGAAGGAAAUUCGAACGCGACUAAGAUCUCGUCGAUAGUAAACGGCACUCUUCCUCAAACUCCAAUCCGUUUGGUACCUCUGUUCGCUUCCACUCCGGAGACUAGAACGAUGCCAAUAGAUAACGAUCCUUCGAGUAAUUAUGCUAAUGGAGCAGCCACGAUUGGUCUCAGAUUAUCUGGUAAUUUGCAUGGUUUCUUUCAGGAGGAUCAUUACGACCGGCCACCAGCAACAAGGAUACACUUGCAAAGCGAAUUCGAUGCUAAUACGGAACACGUCUACGACGAAAUUCCCUUGCAAUCGAGCCCUUUGAGCUCCCGUAGAAACGUUUGAUCGAAU